UCUGCGUGCAGCCGGCCGCUCGGCGCUCAUGCCCGCUGUGUUCUCUGACUCCGGGAGGAUGGACGGUGUGUCGUUGGGUCUGGUUGCCACACCGGCCUCACCGCGUCCACCAUGUGCCACCGAUUCAGAAGAGGACACGGUGAAUGGAGGGAUGCACACCUUCAACCAGACGCACAUGAGGAAAGCGUUUCAGUUGAUGAACGACCUGAGGAGUAAAAAGAUGCUGUGUGACGUCCAGCUGGUAGCCGGGAGCGUUGAAGUGCCAGCUCACAGGGUGGUCUUGGCGUCCUGUAGCCCUUACUUCUGUGCCAUGUUCACAGGUGAUAUGAGUGAGAGUAAAGCUCACCAGGUGGAGAUCAGAGAGGUGGACGGUCAGACUCUGAGAAAACUGGUCGACUAUAUUUACACAGCAGAGAUCGAGGUCACAGAGGACAACGUCCAGGUACUGCUGCCUGCAGCCAGCCUCCUCCAGCUGAUGGAUGUGCGUCAGGUUUGUUGCGAAUUCCUGCAAUCUCAGCUUCAUCCCACCAACUGCUUGGGCAUCAGAGCCUUUGCUGACCUGCAUACAUGCACACAGCUUCUCAACCAGGCUCAUGCUUACGCUGAGCAGCAUUUUACUGAUGUGGUGCAGGGCGAGGAGUUUCUGAGCCUUUCUCUGCAGCAGGUGUGCAGCCUCAUCUCCAGCGACAAACUCACCGUGUCAACAGAGGAAAAGGUGUUCGAGGCGAUGAUAUCGUGGAUCAAACAUGAUAAACCAGCUCGUCUGGAAUACAUGCCCAAACUAAUGGAGCAUGUGAGACUUCCACUGCUUUCCAGAGAUUACCUGGUACAGAUUGUAGAGGAAGAAGCUUUGAUAAAGAACAACAACACUUGUAAAGAUUUCCUCAUAGAAGCAAUGAAGUAUCACCUGUUGCCUGCUGACCAGCGUCACCUCAUAAAGACUGAUAGGACGCGACCACGAACUCCGAUCAGCAUCCCAAAGGUGAUGAUUGUAGUGGGUGGUCAGGCUCCCAAAGCCAUUCGCAGCGUGGAGUGUUACGACUUCCAGGAAGAUCGUUGGUACCAAGUGGCCGAUCUGCCCUCUAGACGCUGCCGGGCAGGUGUGGUUUCCAUGGCGGGCCGAGUGUUUGCGGUUGGAGGUUUCAACAGUUCGCUGCGGGAGCGUACGGUGGACGUGUACGACGGCACAAGAGACCAGUGGAGUGCGGUGUCGAGCAUGCAGGAGAGACGCAGCACGCUGGGAGCCGCUGUGCUGGGCGAUUUACUGUAUGCUGUGGGAGGCUUUAAUGGAAGCAUAGGUUUGUCAACAGUCGAGGUUUACAACUAUAAAACCAACGAGUGGACGUACGUCGCCUCCAUGAACACCAGACGCAGCAGCGUGGGUGUAGGGGUGGUUGAUGGUAAACUGUACGCAGUAGGGGGUUAUGAUGGUGCAUCACGCCAGUGUCUCAGUACAGUGGAAGAAUAUGACCCAGUCUCUAAUCAGUGGUGCUAUGUAGCUGAGAUGGGCACACGGCGAAGUGGAGCAGGUGUGGGUGUGUUGGGUGGUCAGCUGUAUGCAGCAGGAGGCCAUGACGGUCCUCUGGUGAGAAAGAGUGUGGAGGUGUACGACCCACAGACCAACACCUGGAGGCUGGUCUGCGACAUGAACAUGUGUCGACGAAACGCAGGUGUUUGUGCCAUUAACGGGCUGCUGUAUGUGAUCGGUGGAGAUGACGGGUCCUGCAAUCUGUCCUCUGUAGAGUUUUACAACCCAGCCACAGACAAGUGGAGCCUCAUUCCCACCAACAUGAGCAAUGGACGAAGUUAUGCUGGAGUCGCAGUGAUUGACAAGCUGUUAUGACGGCAUCUGCUCCGCAUCAGCGAACUGAAGCUCAGCAAGCAAUCGGGAAAGCGGAACAAACACGAGACGCCCUCAGUCUUCAGCUAACGUGAUUAUUAUUAUUAUUAUUUUUUUUUUAGGGGGGUACAUCUGUUUUGUUUUUCUUGUCAUUUCAAUUCAAGCUGUGUCAGAUCCUGUUUGAGGGCAGUGUUGCACUGGAUAAGAAGCAGCAGCCACAGGAGAGUGGGCUUUUUCAAAUGCUAAGCACACAACCAGCAGCUGUAAUAAGACUCAAAGGAAGGAAGUGAUCCUAGUGGACCAAAUGGAGACGUACGGUUUUCUUUUUUGGAGAAUUUCCUGGAGAAUUAAAGCUUUGAAACAUCAGCUGAGGAAGGAAAAAAGAAACAACUUGACUCGAUGGACUGCACGAAGGUUUCAGACUGCUCACAACAUCGUUGAGGCGAUAAUCUCGACGCUCCAAUGCUGGCCUGUGAUUGGCUGCUGCAGGAACAUCAUUCACAAGAUUAUUGUAAUCUGGGUGAGCAGUUGAGACCUUUCUUCUUCUUCCUUUUUUAAAUUAUAGGACUCACCCAGCAACUCUGCUCAACUUUAUUCUGAGGAGUUGAGCUGGUUCGCCUCCAAGAAUCCUGGACCCGGAGAGCUGCACAGUUAGUGUAAAGAAUGUAUAAAAUAUGCAAAUUAAGAGUGAUAUUUAAUAUUUUUAGGGGCUCUGACCUAGGCCGGUUGAUGGGACUUUGCUGUUGUCGACACACUACUGAAGCACUGAUCACUUGCACUGACUGACGCAGAGCGGCGGAGCGGACACACCGACCGACCUCUCUCUGACUGACCAACGAACUUGAUCGCUCAGCUGUUUCUGAUCGCACUCACAGGAGCUUUUACAUUCACUUCUUAAAGGCCAAUAAUUGUAAAAAAACAACAACAACUGUAUGCCAGUUUGAAUCGUAAUCAAAAAAAUGCUGGAGAUGUUUUUACCGCUUAAGUAAAUUAAGAAUCGAUCGUGUCAAAAAUGCACUGUAGUAAUUCAGCUGUAAUGUGUAAAACAUGCAGAUUUAACAUUUUAUUUAUUAUUAUUAUUAUUAUUAUUAUUAUUAUUAUUAUUAUUAUUAUUAUUUGGUUGACUUUUAUCACACAGCAUUCAUCCGCAUCCAAGUCUUAGCAUCAUAAUGUCACUUUGUGCCCCCGUCUGGAUGAUGGUGGGUGUCUUUUAGAUGUAGAUGACUGACUGGUGCCAUGGCUUUUGAUCUGAAGAGAGUUUUAUAAAAAAAAAAAAAGUUUUAUGUAACGUCGACUUUUGUAAUUUCUGAUUUUGAUUUCCCUAAAAUCAUGACAUAAUGGUUAACCUUUCAAAGCAGUCUCACAGAGAACUAUAAAUACUACAUAGUUCUUAAAAUUUCAGACUUGGAGUGACUUGAAUUUGCUCGAGAUAUAUGAAUGGAUCACUGUGACUAUUCCAGUUUGGGGUAGUGAUCUGAAGAGCUAGAGUUCAGCAUCAGGACAGCCUUUAACACUGUGUAGUAUCGCAAGUGGCUCGAGCCACGUGGUGCAUUUAGGAGUCCAUGUCACUCAGUGAGGUUAGAGGCUCUUUAUUCCUUCAUGUCCUCUGCUGUGUUUGAAAGCAUUCACCACUUCCUAUGUUAUAGAUCCUCAACGCUGAUUAGGUGAAAUGUGUGUAAAUUUCUUCUUAUUUUUCAGGGCACUACUUAAAGCACAGAUCGCACGCCGAGUUUUAGACACUUAACUAAAAUGGGUGAAACUUUAGAGACAUGCACUUGGCAGCAAUAAGAGGUGAUUUCAGAGCCUCCCAUCAGCACUUGAACGCAUCACCAAGUAUUUUUGCUUUCUUAGAUCUUUUCUUCACCUAAAAAAUAAAACCUACUCACACUUGCAUCUGUCUCGAGCAAAUCUAAGUGUUUAUUAGCGGACGUUCACAUUGCUCUACCAGAAGCAUUGGGAUUUUUUUUUUUUUUCUAAAAAAACAAAGCUAUGAUAACAAUAUGCAGUUUCAUGUAGAUGGCAAAUUAAACCCAUUUGGUCAUGAUUAUGGCGAUUUUUAUCGAAGCUUCAGGUUAUAAUGAUGUUCUUACAGCAGAUGUUAUAUUUUUUAAUAUAAACUGUGGAUGUUGUGACUGAAACGGCUGCUGUUGUGAGUUUGUUAACUGUUCAAUGUGUUCAUGAAAUGAAGCUGAGCUAAUGUGCAAGAGGAGCUUAAAACUGA